AUGCCAGAAGAAGAUAAGGGAAAAAACAUAAAAAUUUCUAAAACGUUUUGUUCUUCGGAUGAUGGUAAAGGAACGUCAUUGCUGGAGAUGAACAAUGUUAGGGUUCAGAGUUAUACACGAAACAUUAGAAUAGAAGACUUAAAAUACUUGAGGAGUAUUGAGGCACUAACUCUAAGUAACUUUUAUCUACUGUACGUGUACCUGAAGGAUAUAUAUUUUAUUUUUCUUAAUUUUGUUAUAUUCUUAAAUAGAGAGGAAACAAUGGUAUUAGAUGUGCUGGAGGAAUCAAAUAAUGCAUUCCUCUUUAAUACCAAGAUACAGGACUUUGACGUUUUCUUGGAAUGUAUAAAGCGUUAUAUGGAGGACAAAAAACAUCAUAGCAUUGUCAAUGAUAUAGGUACUAAAAGCAGUGGUAGCAUCAAAAGCAGCAGCAACAGUAACUGCAUUCAUAACAGUGAAAACCAUUCGACUAAUAACUCAGAGGGAGGUGCACGGAGUAAUGUAAGCCCACACAAUGUUGGUAAUAAAAAGGAAGAAUGUAAAAAAAUGGAAGUCGGCAAAAAUGGGGAAACUCAUGAAAAGGCACCUGAAGAAGGGAAGAGAAAAAAAAAAAAUAAUAAUGGUACUGGCAAUGGUAGUGGCAGUGGUAGUGGUAGUGGUAGUGGUAGUGGCCGUAGCAGCAGCUGCAUCGGUGAUAAAGUUAAAGAGGGUGGACACUUCGAUUACGUAAACGAACUACUUAGCCGAUUGUACUCAGAAGAGGAGAUAAAGUUUUUAAAUAUAGAUAGAAUAAUAAACGAUAAGGUAAAAAAGGAGAACAUUUUGAACAAGUCCAUAAAAAUUAACAACAAUGUUUGCAUUUAUAAACUGUCCUAUCUUUAUUUUAAUGAUAAAUUAAAACGAAUAAGAUUAGACUAUAUUUUUAAUUUAAUACUGUUUAAUAAAAAAAGAAAUAAAAAAGAAAAUACUGAUAAUGGGGCAGAACAGAUGAAGCAAAGCAAAAAUGGGGAUAGCAACAGUAGUGCCAAUAACAGUAGUGCCAAUAACAGUAGCGGCUAUAACAGGAGCGGCUAUAACAGGAGCGGCUAUAACAGCGGCAGCAACUACUACUACAUUUAUGAAGGGCAAUUUUUGUUAUACCUAUCACAUUUUAAAUAUUAUAUUUUUUCCUUCUUCUUAUACUCUUAUGUUAAAUAUGCCAAGUGCUGUAAAAAUAUUGAGGAGGGGGAGAGUAAUAGAAAUGACAGCGGUACCACUGGGAGAUAUAACAAUAGAAGAGAGGAUGGUACAAAGAGGGUGUAUAUAAACAACAAAGGUGGUAACAACAUGUGGAAAUUUCUUUACAACGAAGAAGACAAUAUGAAAAAUAUUUUAAAUGUAGUAUCGUACAUAUUAAAUUUUGUAAAUAAUGUAUUGAAUAAUUUAGAUAUAGUAUUAAAAAGAGAAAAAAUUGAUUUAAAUGAAAAUAAAAAAUGGGACAAAAAAGAGCAAGUAGACAUGUACACUUCUGAAUUCAUUAAUGAUAUACUAAAAAAUAUUUUUUCUUUUAAAUAUAUUAAUCUUGAUCAUUUAGAUUUUGCUUUGUCAUGUAUAAUUCUGCUUAAUAUACGCACUCAUAAUUAUAAUGUGCAAUUUUAUUUUUAUCUCAAUAAUAAGUAUGAGAGCUUCUUUCAUCUCUUUAGAAAAUAUAAUGCAUCUAUCUGCUUAUGGAAUAACCGUAAGACACUACGAAGCGCAAACUACUUCCGCUUCUUCGAAGACUUGAAGUUGCUGUCUAUAAUUGAAAAAUGCUGUUUAUUUUUGAACCUAAAAAAUAUACGAUUGGAGUACAUAUAUAACAUACUUUAUGCUGCAAACAAUAGGAAUAAAUUUAGCGUAAAUAUAAAGCUCAUUGAUGAAUGCUUAAAUUUUUACAAUAUAAAAAGAACCAUAUAUUUCUUAACAUGCUUAGGAAUGGAAAUAAAAAAUGAAAGAAUAUUUUUUAACAUGUCUAAUAGGGAAAGAGACGAAAAUAAAUUAAGAUGUUUUCUCUUAGAUAAUAAAGAUGAAUGCAUCAAAAGUUUUUCUAAAGUGUAUGAAGAAUGUAUUGAUGAUUAUACAUAUAUUAUUUAUCAAGAAAAAAUAUUUGAAAAGAAUAAAUGUUUUUUCAAAUAUGACUUACCGAGUUUGAUAUAUUUUGCGCACUGUUGA